AAAUCAUGUAACCCUUGGCAGCUCCUACAGCUUCUUCACUAACUUUUUUGCCGGCCUAUCGCCAGAAGAUCGUUUCCUUCCUUAAAUCUUCCAGAUUAUCCCUUCUUGCAUCCUCAAACCUCCAAAGUCUCCUCCUUUCCUUUCUUCCGCUUCAUUGAGCACUGCUCAUCAGCUCAUCUCCGAUCGAAAGUCGAAGCCUUUUCUGAGUUUCCCGAAUGGGUUUUGCACAUCGCUUCGAUCCCCCGCAUGGUGUAGUAGAAAGCUAGGUGCUUUCGUCUCAAAAAGGUAUCGUCUUGGACAAGCUAUUCAAAAAAUAAGCAUCGCUCUUGAAUUGGAUUGUUACUGAAGAUUGUUGAAAGCAUGAGUUGGAGUUGGUUUUGUUUUUUUCGACGAGUUGUAAUGUUUAUGGAGCUGGAUUGGGAGAGUAUGCACGUGCCCUCUUGAUUGUUAAAAAAAGAGAGAGAAGAGAAUGGAUCUUUGGCUAAUAGCAGCUACUGCUGCUACAGGAUUGGUAACCAAGCAUUUGCAAAAUGUAUCCAAAGGUAAAGAAAGCUUUCCUGAGGAUUUGUCUUAUGUGAAGCCGGAAUCUCCGAGAUGUUGUGUGGUUAGCAGUUUGGCAAGAGACAAUAAACCAAACGAAGAGAACUUCGAGGAUUGCGUAAACGGGGAAGAUUUGGAUGUAUUGGGAGUGGCUAGUGAGGAGAUUUGUUCAGAUUCUUUUGGGAACAGAGCGUUUCUCAGGAGAAAACAGCGAUACAGGAGACUUGUCAAGCCUUUUUAUAUGGAGAACAGCGUAAUAUCUCGGUUACAUAGAGAGGAAUAUAUGCUUAGCCCGUUUCCAUCACCAUGUGUUGCAGUUUCAAGGCCCUUGGUUGUUACUGAUGGUACAAAAGUAAUUGGCAAGAACAAUGGAGAUUCUCUUAGCCAGCGAGCUCGGAGCUGUGGAAUCCCUCGGCUAAGGAAGUUGGAAGCUUCAGGUCUUUAUGUUAAGAGAAGAGUUGAAAAGACGAGUAGAACAUCUGAUAAUGGGAUUGGAUCAAAAGAUGCAGCAUUGCUGCUAUGCGUUGGGAUUUCUAUUGGGAUAAUGUCAUCGUUAGUAGCUAACCAAACGGAAGUAAACAAGGUCAAAGCAGAGUUAAAGGAGACGGAGAAUGGGCUUAAGACGAAAGACUCAUUGACAGAGAAUGAUGACUUACACUAUGGAGAAAAGACAGCAGGGAAUUCAGAAUUUAUUGGUGAAAUCGAAGCAGAGCUUGUAGCUGAACUGGAAAGGCUACAGAUCAACAUGAACUCGUCCAACAUUGAGACACAACCCUCAGAUGUCUUCGAGCUAGAGCCGGAUUCCGAAGUAGAAUUUGCGCAGGGAGAGCUGAGAGAUGAUGAUCAGGUUGAAAGGCAGCGCUUUGAUGAAACCGAGUUCAAUCAGGAGGAACCUUGUGGAGGAAAUUUCACACCUGAAUCAGGAAACUAUACAGUGUCACCUCGUGAGUUAAGCUUGCGUCUGCACAAAGUUAUCAACUCACGUUGUGAGGAACGUAUAAAAGAGCUUGAGAUCGCCUUGCAAGAGAGCCAGAGGAAAGUAGAGCAGCUGGUCAUGGAAGCAGGUGAAAAGAAGAAGUCAUAUUCAAGGUUAUGUGAAAGCCAUGCAGUGAAGAGAGACUCAAUUCGUAAGCAUAAUAAUCCUGUAGUAGAGGUUCAACCUCUGGUUAUGAAUCUAGCAGGGCCUGCACUUGAUGCAUUCAAUGACUCUUACGAGGAACUGAUGGAUAUAAAAGAUGAUUCUGAAGAAGAAGAUUUACCAUAUGAGAUGUCUGUGACAAGCAAAAGCUCACCUCGGAGCCAUAAAGAUUACAGAAAGGCUUCCUCAAGAACUUCAGAGGAUGUUAAUUUCUUCAACCUGCAAGAUCUACUUGGUUUGAGCGACGAAGAAGAAGGAGAAGAUAGAGAGUCUGAGAGUGAGAUGGAGAAGCAACUGAUAAAGCAGAUCGUUGAGAAAACAAAACAAGGAUCUUCUUCUGUGUUUAAUGCCCAGAGGAUGCUAUCUCUCAUGGAAGAAAUAGAACAUAAUCCAUGAAAAGCAUAAGCUUGUCAGAGAGUCUCAUUAUUCAUGAUGCAAAGUUAUAGACGUCUCUAGUUAGUGUGUUGAUAUGUAAUA